UGUAUUAUGAGUUGUUAUCGAAAGCAACAAUCAGGGUAGACGCAAAGUCGAACAAGAAAAGAAUAAUAAAGAAAAUUUGCCAACACGUAACAAAGAAAAGAUUGUGCAAAUAUCGCAAUAAUCGCAGCAACAGAAAAAUAAAAUUUGCAAAACGAAAGUGAAAAAUUGUUCAUUUUUUAAUAGUGAAUUUCAAUUGAGUGAAUGGAGCAAAGUGAAGAACAAACAGAUGGCUUGGAUCAAGCACCCAACGCAAUAGCGUCCGCAUCCUCGCCAAGGCUGAUGACCAUGCGUGAGGAAGCAAAUGCAACAGUGUUGGUGCCUUUGGAGGCUGAUGAAAAUUUGCAAUUGCCUGCAACAACAUUGUCUGCAUCAUCAAUGGCAUUGGCGACAGCAGCAAUAACAGCAACAACAGGCAGUGAUGCAAAUGCAAAUGAUGCCGUAAUCGAUCUUUGCAGUACUAGCCCAGCCCCUUCUACCUCGAAAUCUGCUGCUGCUGCUGCUGCAACCAUAACCGUGGAUAGUAGUCCUGAAGCGACCUCACCACCGCCUAGUAUUGAUGAUGCUGCUGGUGGAUCUGCGACCACAAUUGAAUGCCCCAUAUGCUUACAAACCUGCAUACAUCCAGCACGCCUGCCAUGUGGGCACAUUUUUUGUUUCCUAUGCGUGAAAGGCGUCGCUUACAAAAAUCGUCGUUGCGCCAUGUGUAGACGUGAAAUACCGCCAGAAUUUCUUGAUCAUCCCGAUUUGGUGAAUGGCAUCGAUGAUAUUUGUGCAACUAAAUCCACCGAAGACGGUUAUCAAUGGUUCUACGAAGGACGUAACGGUUGGUGGCAGUAUGACGAUCGUACCAGCCAGGAUAUUGAGGAGGCAUUUAAGAAAGGUGAAAAAUCCUGUAUCAUAUUGGUGGCUGGCUAUGUAUAUGUUGUCGAUUUGGAAGCAAUGGUCCAGCAACGUCAAAAUGAGCCAAGUCGUUGCCGACGCGUCAAGCGCGAUCUAGCCACAAUACCCAAAAAAGGUGUAGCUGGCCUACGCAUUGAGGGUAAUACUGUCAUAACCGAUUCCAACUUCGCCUCACAAAUCUAUCAACAGCAGCAGCAGCAAAGUAUAUCUAUUGGACCGGGUGCUUUGAAUACACCAACAGAUUCCUCAUCAGACCUCAGCCUGCCACUCAACUACUACAGCAUGCGCCAUCCAGCCAAUGCAAGCGAUUUCAUUUCAACUAUUGCCGCCACCGAUGCGGCUAUACGCAUAGCAAGCGAUAUAAUUGGUUCCACAUUGGCACACGCCGACGAAUUGUCACGCAGCACAGCAGCAGUGGCUGCGGCCUCAGCACAACAGCAGCAUGCUGUGGGUGAUGCACAAACUAUUGCACAGCAGCACAUGAGUGGUGAGAAUACAGGGAUUUACAGUGGCAGCUAUCAUCAACAAAUAGCUAAUAGCGCAGCUGGCGCAUCCACGUCAUCGCAUCAUGGGCAUAUGCAUGGGCAUGGUGGCAGUGUUGCUGCUGCGGUGCUUGUUGCGCAUGGUAGUCGUGAGUUGCUUGAUGCAGCUGAAGAUCUGUUAGAUGCAACACAAAAUGUGAUUUCCGAAGCGGAUCAGCAGACAAUAGAUCUGUUUGAGCAAACAUUGAACGAUUUCCAUGCGUUGACAUUACGCAACAUCAUCGACUCGGACGACAGCGAGGAGGAAAAUGGUGGAGUCGGUGGUGGUGGCGUUGGCGUUGGCGAUGAUGAUGAUGGGGGUAGUGGUGGUGACGUGGACGGCCGCUAUGCACAGCGUCAUAUACGUUUCUAGAAGUGCGCGCAUGGAAAGUGUGGCUAAAUAGAUAUUGAAAACACAACACACACACGCAAGCAAAGAAACAAAAACAACUUAUAUUCGCAAUUGUUGCGUAGGGAAGUGUGCAUUUAAGCAAAAAAGAAGUAAAUGGGCGCGUUGCAAAAGCUAUUGUAUAUUCGCUGGACCUAUAUUCAGCUGUGGUUGGCUCAGUAAAAAAAUGUGUUCAGCCUUUGAAAACAUAAAACACAAACGUUCGUAUGUAUGCAUGUGCCUGCAUGUUUAUUUCUUAGCAAUAACUUUAACACUAAAAUAAAUUCUAAGGCAGUUAUAAUUGAUAAAUGGGAUAACUUAGGCUUAGUACUAAAAAAUGCAUACACACACACUAUAGGUAAGCUCAAAUGUUUUGGUUGCGUAUAAAAGUAGAUUAAAUAAAAAUAAGAAAAAACAUAUUUAAUCACAAACGCAGGAAAGGCGUAGAUUUGACAAUGAAAAGCUAUGUACCUGGCAAAUGCAAAUAUUUCUGAACAUUCUGUUGAUGAAUAAGAAA